AUGCAAGCGAGGAGAAGGAGCCCAGAAGGUCUUUGUCUGCAGCAUGCGGAGGACCGAGAACCGGGUAGUCGGACGGCUGAAGAGAGAAACGAGCACGCGCCGUUGCAUUUCCGUAUGGACCUACAUAUCAUUAUCUCACGACGGAAAUUUUGCUCGGGCCUAUUGUCUGCUUUGAAGUUAUUAUCAUUGAAUUAUUUUACACGGAAUUACGGUUGUACCAAAGCGGGAAAGGACGUCGCCAAAGUUUCGUCAACCUGUCGCCCGGACCUCCUCAGCACUCGGGUCCGCGUUUCGGUUGUCUCCAAGAGCAAAAAUCGCGGGAUCCGGGUGCAUCCUGCCACUUCCACAAGGUCAGCUCUUGCAUCGGUGGUGGGGAGUCGGGUCUUAAGCUGCGGCCUGUGCAACGCAGGGGGUGACAAGGGUCCAGACAACACGAGGUCCGACCAGACCCCAACCAUGUUGAAGUGGACUGUAAUGGCGCGUCGCGACGCCGCCACCCCGCGCCGCUCGACGGCCGACCCCGCAACCACUCCCAAGCCCGCCAAACCCAAGCGCCGCCACUCCAGCGGCCACCGGCGCUCCGGCGGCCGUCGCCCCAGCCGCCUCAGCCUCGACCUGGCCAUCGACAAGGAGAACCAGUUCACCUCCACCCCCAUCAAGUCCUUCGAGCACCAGUUCGACGCUUUACGCGAUGUGAGCAACCUCACCCCCCAGGACUCCGCCAACCGGCGCGUCCUCUCGGCCAAGAAGUGCCGCCGCAGCGCCUCCCCCUCCUCCCACAGGAAGCACAAGAAGAAGAAGCUGUGCCUGGACCCGGCGCACAAGGACCUGGGGGAGGAGCGCAACUUCUUUACGCCGUUCGAGAGCGUGGACUCCCAUAUCGGGGGGGUGCUGGUGGAGGGCGCCCAUGGUGCCGUCAAACGAAGGGUGGAGGAGAUGUACGGAGCGACGUUACCCACGUUCGCCAUGGAGUACUCCCCGUGCGAGUGGAAGGGGUUGAGUCCCGUGGGGUACUUAGGGUUGGACCAGGAGGGGUUGUGCCCGCGCAAGAAAGCAAAAAUAGAGCACGUAGGGGAGUUCCUCCACAAGAUUAACACUGUGGAGGACGAAAAGCUGGAGGUCAAAGUGUCCCCUCUAGUCAAAAAGUUGGUGGAUUUGAGGUUCAGUCAGUUGGGUUAUGACUCCAAAGGUAACAAUUCUUCACUCAUCAAUGACCUAUCUCUAGACCAAAUCGUGGACGCCAUCCUCAACUCCUCCAUCGAGAGCACGAAAGAAUCCAAGUCGCAAACCCAAGAAGACAAUCUGACUACUCAGAACGAACGCCACACUUCAUUCGACUCGGGGUUCAAAUCCACCACUGACUACUCCCACCACCUCGAAGGCAACUUCCAGUGUAAAUGUAAAAAAACCUCCACCCCCAAUCUCGUCCUCCCUGACAAGACCAUCAUCAACAUCGACGAGACCUUCAACGAGCGUUGUGUCGACGACGCCAUAAAACCACGAAAAAGAGCGUCUUCUGCCUCCCGAGAUCCCGAUAAUAACCCCAAAAGAGUCAAUUUGGAGGACGAUAUAAACUUCACCCUGAAGCGGCAGCGCUGUAUUCGGCGUAGGAGGACCGACGAUGAAAGGAAAACGAGUUCUUCUAGGGGCAAGAUUACGCGGAAAACGGAUUUGUUUGACGAUUCGUUUGAUUCGUCCAAUAUUGUGGAGGAUAAUGGGAGUACGCCGCUGAAAGUGGCGUCGUUGAAUGAGACUUUUACGUUGACGCCUGUGGAGAAUAACCGGAGGUUUCGGAGGUGUUUGUUGUUCGAGUCGCCCACGUCGUUGUCGGAGAGCGCGUCGACGGCCAAUGGGAGUCUGCGGGAGGUGCGGGGGUGCAUGGAUUUGAAUAUACGCUGCGAAAACGAUGACCUGUAUGUUAAUGUAAUUCGUUGCAAGGACCUCUUCAGGCCGGCCGGCAAACAAAUCAACGCCUACGUGAAGGUCGCCCUGAGUGAUAGACUUGGAGAUAACCGCAGGAAACGCAACGGCACGCUACAGCGGACCGCCGUCCAGGCCGACUCCACCAAGCCCUUCUUCAACCACGUCUUCAAGUUCCCGCUCCAGCAGGAGGGCUGUCAGAGGAGGUUGCACAUCGAGGUCUGGCAUCGGGAGCGCAGCUCGAGGACCAGUGAGUUCUUGGGUUGUAUGUCGUUCGAUGUCAAACAUGCAUUUGAGAAGGAAAUCAGCGGUUCGUAUCGUUUGCUGGCGCAGUCGACGGGACGCUGCCAGAACGUCCCGAUAACCUUCGAAAGCCAACUCGAGGCGUGCGAACUGGAGCCGGAAGGCGCAGAAGAGCCCAAAAUGUGCGAAAGCCAGUCGAGCGUGGAGGAGAUCAUGAGCCUGGACGGGCUCGACAACGACCUCAAAAAGGCAACGAGCAAAGCGAUCCUCAGCGAACAGCAGAAGUACGCAGACGAGAACCUGUUCCUCCGCUACCUGGAACUCGACCCCAUGGAAGGGCCCGAGGCCAUCCCGGCCGCCAUGCAGCGGAAGGCCACGGGCAACAAGAACGGCCGGACGCCCUUCACGCACACCAAGAAGCUGGCGAAGCCCCCGAAGUCCGGCUUCGGCUUCUCCGUGGUGUGGACGCACCCCCCCAGGAUAGAGCGCGUCGAGAAGGGGCUCCCGGCGGACCGCGCCGGCAUCCUCCCGGGGGACUACAUCAUCUUCGUCGACAAGCACAACGUCGUCAUGAUGCCGGAGAUCGACAUCUUGAAUUUAAUUAGGUCGUAUGGAAGUCAAUUAACCUUAGAAAUAUUUAGAAGAAACACAUCAAAAAAUGGUUCUGUGCCAAGUGUGAGGCGUUUGAAUAGUACAGGGACUUGCAGCACGACUGGGCUUCCCGUGACCAGUAAUUUGGUGCAAAGACGUCCUUCCACGGUCUGCUCCACUAAUACCGCUUCCGUUGAUUACAACCGGCGAAAACUACAUUUACCUCAAGUUACUUUUAGUGCAGAGAAACCCAGCAACAAUCAGGAAGAGAACCGAAGGAAAGCCAUGUAUCAACUAAUUAGUAAAGAACAACAGUACGCAACAGGGUUACAAUUCGCUAUAACGAGGUUCGUGUCGGCGCUGGCCGAACGAAAAGACUUAAUAACACCUGCUGAACAUAAAAUACUCUUUCAAAAUUCGGAAGAGAUUCUUAGGAUAACUGAAGAUAUAUUAGAUAUAUUAAUUCACGAAGACGGAGAUCCGCACUUUCACACUUUCAUUCGGACGUAUCAGGUGAAGGUGAACGAAAUCACGACGGCGUAUCGACGAUAUUGCUCAGGAAUUAAAAAAGCCGAUUGCGUGUUGGCGAAUAAAACGAAAAACUCCACGUCGGAUUUUGUUAGAUUCCUACAGACUCCUUCGAUUCCCAGAAGACGGCCCGAUAUCACCACGUUUAUUCACAAACCGUUGGAGCACUACAGGGAGGUGCUGAAAGCGUUCACUGUAAUACAGAGUAACACUAAACCCAAUCAUGCAGACUAUACUGUGAUAAAUCAAGUUGUGCACAGUCUGCAGCUUACCUACAAAGAAAUAACAGUAGAAGCAGGUCUCAUGGAACCAAUGGGCGAAGGCAGACCGCUUUUAAGUGUACAAGAUUUAGAAAAUCGAUUAGUUUUUACCAAGUGCAAACCUUUCGUGUUAAACAAACCUGGUCGCCAAUGGAUAUUCGGCGGUGAUUUAGGAAGAGUGGAAGGACGCAAUGUACGACAAUACUGGACGCUUCUAUUUAGCGACUUACUAUUAUUUGCCAAAGUGUCUCGAGAUCGCGUUUUAUUUAUUAUAGAAGAACCGUUACCUCUAGCUCACAUAACCGACAUGUUCUUCAACGUUAGGAAAAAAGAUACCGAAUUUAGGAUAACGGUAACACCUGGUGGAAGACACGCGAGCAGCCCCACGGUGCACUGUGGCCCCGACCUAACGCGAACGCCCAAGAAGAACGCUGGUAAACGAACGGUAGUGUUAAGGGCGCCGACGACAGAAAUGAAAGCUGUUUGGCAAAACCUUCUACAGAGACAGAUCUUCCACGUAAACGCGGGCAUGGACGGCAGCUCAUUUAGCAGCCCGUUAGAAUCUCCCGACGCUCCAAUAACCUCCUCCGUGGCCACCUUGCAGUCUGCAGAAUCGCUCUCCUUCCGUCGGCAGACUCCACAAAACAUAAACGAAAAUACAGAAAUGCAAAAGCAAAUAGACGCCCUUAUAGAGCAUAAGUGUAAACAGUUGAGCAAAAAUAAUAGCGGGAAAGGUAAUGCUAUUCAUUUAGAAAAGUGGAUGAAGGGGCAGCUCGACGCCGACAUUGCUGACGAAGCAGAACUCGAACCCCUCUCCGAAGAAUGGACCGAGGAAAUGUUGCGCAAACGGUCGCAAGAACUACAACUGAUUGACUCGCAAGGAAACAUUACUUUCCGCAACGAAACGCGACGAAACGAGAGCAGAUGCGACGAUCUUAACCUAUCUGACCACGACCAAAGUCCGUCCAAAAGUACAACCACAGAGAGUCAAGUCACCGUGCGCUCAAGCCCCCUAGUGCCAGAAACUGUGCCAGUGUGCCGACAGUGCCAUAAAAAUUGCCUUCCAGCCGUAAACAACAGCGCCAAAAAUGCAAACCAACCGAACAACCACAAUAACACGGAAAAUAGGUGUCAGAGGGACGAAAAUGAUAAUAAGGAGGAAGACGAUUGGAGGCCGUUGCUUCUGAUGGGGCUAAGCGCGAUUAAUCCAGCCGCUAGUCUGGUCAAACUGGACCCUUUUUCCGCACCUAUACCGCAGAUCAACGUGGCGCCUCCUACUCCAGAGAGUUCCACCAAGACUACGAGCACCGCGGAGCAGAAGAUCAGGGACGCGGCCUGCAACUGCCGCAGUAAACCCGAACUCAACAACCUGGACUUAUCAAACGAAGUCGACAUCUCCCCCGACGACUCCCCCCAAACUGAAGAACAUCCAUAUCACUCCCUAAGUAGCUCUAACCUAACUCUUCGAAGAUUCGGCACCGUCUCCAGCCUAGAACGCCUAGGAACCGACGAACACGAAGACAACUGGGACGACCGAUGCUCGUCCGAAGACGAAAACCAGGAAGAAAAAGGAAUAGACAACGAAGCGUUCUACCACUCUUCGAUCAGAAGCUGGACAGCGAAAGCGGGGUCCUUCGUGGCAGAGAAAAUGUCUUUUUUCGAACGUUUAGGGGAAGACUACAGAAACACGGGAAAAUUUUUUGAAAGGUAUUUGAAGACUGCGGAAGCCACUGUUAACGGAGAAGAUUUGCAGGAGGACGAAACGUCGGGGGCGACUUCGGGUGAGGAGAUUUGGGGAACGCCUACUAGUGGUGGGGAGAUGGAGGACCCUUUGAGUUCGCCUAACUACGAAGGGAAACAAUCGCCUUAUGAUGGUUCUAUAUCGUCUGACAAUGGUGACGACACCGAGUUGAUGAUGGACGAGCUUCUGAUGACCCCACCUAUCAGCGGAGCCAUAAUGCGGGGUCUCCUUCCCCGGCGGACCCUCGAGCCCCUCAUCGAGGAGGACUGCUCCGAGAGCUGCUCCCCCAGCUCGUCGGGGACCCCCACCGAGCCUUCCGUGUCCCCAGAACAGGGCAACGGAACUGGAGAUGUUGCUGACACAUGUUCGACUGCUGUAGAAAACAAGAUCGGGACGCCAAAUCCAGGAAGGACGGGAAUGGGAUCAGCUGUGACGUCGGGGACGACUGUUGUUCCGAAGAUGCAUCGGUCCGAAAGCUACCGGCGGAUCAUCGAAGCCGCGGAGGACGACGAAGAGGACAGUCUGGGCUUUUUCAACCGGUUCAAGCCAACAGUGAAAUUCAUAAAUAUUGAGCGAGUACCUAGGGCAAAGAGCGUUAAAAUUUUUGAGUUUUUCAACAUGCGGAGGGGUAGAAUCCACCAGACCAUCCCAGAAGAGAAGCCUCUGUCUCCCAGACGACUAAAAGAUAAGCAGAUGGACCGACGGUUUUGGAAACAGUUGAGCAGACGUCGCGGCAACAAAAUGGCGAAUUUGCCGGCCUAAAUUUUUCUCAAAAGUUCUCACUGAUCACAGUUUCGUCAUUUCAAGCUCAACUCACGUGAUAUUGGUGCUUUGGAUAUAAUGUGCAAACGUUUCUCGAUUAUCAAAAGUUUUGCUAUUAACUAAUUUUGGCUUAAUCAUUGGCACUAACAAUAGUUGUUAUUGUGUAAAUAGCUUGAAACGUUAUUCAAUUUUUAUAAACUAUUUACUAUAGUUAAACUAAAGAGCAUCGUUUCUAUUGAAAGUAUUUUAGUCGUAGGAAUCGAUUUAAAGCAGGGGGUGUAAAGUAGCUAAAAGAAA